CUUCCACUCUCGCUCACAUCCGCCCUCUCCCCCUCUCUCUUUCACUGCCAGAAAAAAGGUCUGAACUGUGCAAAACCACUGGGCUACAUUAAAGUCUGCUGCUUUGCAUUUCUCUCUAAUCUUUCAAGUGAAAAUAAGACAAUACAACAUGGAAUCCAGCUGUAUUACGCUGAUGCUGCUGUUGGUACUGCUGGGAUUGUUGGUAUCUAGUUCAGAAACAAAUUCAGGAAUUCCUGGGAUACCUGGGUCUCAUGGAGUACCAGGAAUGCCUGGCAGAGAUGGCAGAGAUGGUCCAAAAGGAGCAAAAGGAGAACCAGGGCUCCCAGGUUCGGUAAAUGCUCGUGGUGAAUAUGGUGAGAAAGGUAACCAAGGAAUGCCAGGCCCAAUCGGGAAAAGAGGACGGAGAGGACCAGGUGGUGACAGCGGAGAUCCUGGUACAGUUGGAGAGAAAGGGGAGAAGGGAAGAUCAGGAGAUCAUAAGAGCACAUUGAAAUCGGCCUUCUCCGCUAAAAGAGGUGGGCAUGAAUACCCACCUCGAGAUUCCCCCAUCAGGUUCACUAGAGUCAUCUCCAAUGACCAAGGCCACUAUGAUAGCAGCACAGGAGUGUUCACCUGUAACAUAACGGGCCAUUAUUACUUUGUUUUCCAUGCUAGUUCAGAUAACGACUUGUGCAUGAUAAUGAAGAUGAAUGGAUUGAAUAAAGCUGCCUUCUGCAGUCACGGGGAAUUUGAACAGGUCAGUUCAGGAGGCAUUGUCCUUCAUUUGUUAACCAAUGACAAGGUCUGGCUCGAAGCAACAGAUUACAAUGCCUUGGUAGGGAAAGAAAAUCAUGACAGUGUCUUCAGUGGGUUCCUUCUCUUUCCAGACUAAGAAUUCAAAGACUGAAGUGAAAUCUUUGACCAAAUGCUCUGUUGAAAAUUAUAAUGGGUUGUCUUUGCCACAUAAAACAGCUGACUAUUAAAACUGACCUUUCUUCUCUCGUUUGUGCCUUGUCAUUUGACGUGCCACAACUGAGUGUAUCAGGUGAACUAACUGUGCUUUGGAACCAUGUAAAUUUCCUGCAAAAGUACAGAUUAGUCCUGAUUCAAUAUUUCAUUGUUGGACACAGAUACGUCACUGGGUGUAGUAGACAUAUGGGCAUUUCUUCCUUACCCUCAUUAAAUUAGGUAUAAUUAAUCACUAGUUUGACAUAACCUGAAAACAUUCAGCCACAUUCAGCCUCAGCCCAUAUCCAUUUAGGCAUCUCUGUCCUUCUUAUUGCCAGAGCACAAGCUGCUAUAAGUCUACUCCUAUUGCAGUGAUUUUUUUCAGGCCCCAUAUUUUCCUGGAAUCAAAUUACAUCUCUCAAAAAUAUUAAUAAUCUCCCUUUGUUAUCCUCCAGUACUAAAACAUUUAUUUUUGAAAGAUUAUAUCGCACACCAUAUAAAAUCUUUUGUUAUGUAAAAUCUUGCUUAUUUCAAUAUUUAAGUUUGAAGGAUCAAAGUAUGUCUGACAGUCUAGUUCUCACAAAAAGGUGUUAUCUCUCUUACUGUAGUUUCAAUGCUUAGUACCAAAAUCUCUUUCUGUGUAUGUAAUGUGCAAGAAGGUAUUACUAAACUGUUGGAACAAAUGUUCAAUAAAAAAGUUCUUC